AUGGCAAGUCAUGGUGUGCCUCGCACAGCCACCCGUGAGGAACAGACGGCAGAAGCACGGCAGAAGGAGCUGAAAGAAAUCUCUCAAUAUCAACAGCUGGUGAAAGAAGUCAAUGCCAAGGUUGCUGCAAAGGAAUUCACCCCUGCAUUACUCCAACAAACAGCCCAACUACUAAAGAGGAAUCCCGAGUACUACACCAUCUGGAAUCAUCGUCGCCGCAUCUAUGUCAGUGAAUUUGAGAGUCUUGGAAAACAGACAGUCGCCGGUGAAAUGGACGAAGAGACACGAGUCAGCCAGGUGCUGGAUAUCAUUCAGCUAGACUUGCAAUUUUUGUUCCCUCUUCUUCUGAAAUUCCCCAAAUGUUAUUGGAUAUGGAAUCACAGGCUCUGGCUCCUCGAGCAGUCUACAGCUCUUCUUCCGGCUUCAACGGCCCGAAGGAUAUGGGAAGAGGAGCUCGUAUUGGUGGGCAAGAUGCUCAGUCGAGACAGCCGAAACUUCCACGGUUGGGGCUAUCGACGAACUGUGGUGCAGAGUCUCGAGAGCCCGGCUUUACAGGGACACAGUAUGGCACGACAGGAAUUGGAGUACACCAAGAAGAUGAUUGGAACCAAUCUCUCAAACUUUUCAGCCUGGCACAACCGGACUAAGCUCAUCCUUAGGAUUUUAGAUGAGGAAAAGGCCACGGAUGAUGAACGACAACAGAUGCUGGACGAAGAGCUUGAAUUGAUCCAUAAAGCACUGUUCGACCCAUACGACCAGUCCCUCUGGUUUUAUCACCAAAACCUGAUGUGCACAUUUGAUCUCGACCAAGCGGCGAGGAGCAUGGCACCAAACCUGUCCAAUGAGCAGCGUUUGAAAUACAUCGCAUCGGAACGGGACUACAUUGAGGAAGUCCUGGAGGAUGCCCAAGAUUGCAAAUGGCCGUACCAGGCAUUGAUCAAGUGUACACUGCUGGAAAGCAAACUGAAAACGGGGCUAGACGAAGAGGACCGGCACAAAGUAACCCAGUGGCUGCAGAAGCUCCAAAGCCUCGAUCCUCUCAGGAACGGCCGGUGGAUUGAUAUGGAGCAACAGCUGGGCAAGCAAUAA